AUGCUCGCGGGGAUGGACCCCACUGGCUCGCCCCGCGCGGAGGACUUGACUAGCCCGCUUGGACCAGUUCAGCACCUACCCGCUCCACAGCUCGUCCUCCACCGGCAACUCUCAGUGCUGUCUCCCUCCCCCCCGCCCUCGUACUACUUCCGCUGGCACCGGUUCGAGGACAUCGCCCCUCGGGACACGAUCCUGCUUGGUCUCGUCCCCAGCCGCUCUGCCAAGCUCAACCACAAGCUCCGCAUCGAGGGUCGUGAGAUCGACCUCGACUCGCACAACAUCCUGCUCGUUCACGUGGGAUGGGUGACGACGGGAACUAUCCAGCCCAUCCUGCGUUUUGUCCACUAG